GAUUAGGGGACAAACACCACCUGCCUGGUUUAAUGACAGUAACUCUGGCACAACAUAGCGGGGAGGGCUGGUCUCCAGCUCCAUCCCAUAAUAAUGACUAGCACUUUAACCUUAUAAUCGCCCAGUUAUUACACCCUUGUCAUCAAAUCUUGCCUUUGAAAGCAGACAAAGCAGGAACAUGGCUCCCCUGUCCCUGGACACGCAGAGCAGUGAACCUCCUCCAGUGUCACCGACCCACGGUUGUGUGCGGGGCUGUGUCUUGAAACAGGGGGUGUCCGGCACCAGUUUCCCUUCAGCUGUUACAACCCUCCCUGGGAGCUGCCUGGGGACUCCUUGGGGACGGAGGGAUUGUAGCGCGUGGACAGACUCUGUUCCCCUUGGACAGAGCCCACGUGGCAUGCUCUGGAGGGCAGGCCCUGCUCACAGGAUCUGCCACGAGCAGCCGCUUCCCCCAGCCGAUGCUCCCAGCACGUUGCACAAGUCUCAGUAAUGCGCAUUGCAUUGAUGCCGGGGGCUUCAGGGCUAAUGCUGGCUCCAGAGGGGACGUGGUGGCACCGCCCCAGUCCAGGGAGCACGGCCAGGACCUCCUUUUGAAUCUGAGCACCUCCUUCCCCUGUCUUUGUCCAGGCCUGGCUACCAAAUGCCGUGCUGCACUGGUCCUGGAUUAAUGCUGCUCUUUCUGAGGCAUCUCGCUGUAGCUGUAGCAGUAGCUGUACUGCUGGGCUGUGGUACUUCAGGACUGGUGUCUCACUUCUGAGUUUCUUCAUUUCAGUGCCCAGAGACCAGACCUGUGUCUUGUCCGGCCCAGCUGCCUAAGACUGGCUGGCACUCUGCACUGUCGACCGUGGUGGAUUCAAGGCCGUGUUAUUUUCUGUUCAGUGCAUGUCCCUGACAGUCUGCACUUCCCACUGGUUGCAGUGUUGCCUUGUGGCACCUCCCUAGGACCGGCUCCAUUUUUCUAUGUGUUCUUCCUGCUGGGCAGGAGCUGGCUCCACAAUCCAGCUGGAAACUGGCUGCUUGCUGCUCCAGCUGUGUUAAGCACACACUAUUCGGUGCUGCGUCCAGGCAAGGGUGUGCUGUACUGGGAGCUGCUGGUCCAACCUGAGUGCAUGGGCUUUCCUGGUGUCACGUCACAGCGCACCCUCGAGCAGCCCUCUCGGUUAUGGUGCAGGGAAGAGACUCCAGCUUCUCCCCUCCAAGGAGAACUGACCCAAGGAGUUUUCCUUCCCGCAGAAACAAAUUCAAACUCAGCUGCAGCUGCUAAGGGGGGAGAGGGAGAGGCUUGAAGCACUGCACGCGAGUGAAAGCCAGAAACACCAGGAAUACCAGGUGGGUGCUGCCGGGGUCCGGCUGAUGUCGGGGAGGAAGGAAGGGACGUGUCCUGCUCUGCAUGUUUGGUGGGACAGUGACCGUGGCAUUUUGUGACCGUGUGUUGCAGGGUGUUGUGGCAGGUGCAUGGAGCCAGGCCUUGCAAACAAAAAAAUUGUGUUCAGCUGAUAGCUAUAUAUAUAGCGGUGUUUCACUUUAAUUGUUGAAAAAUGUGGAUUUGGGGUUUAUAGCAGAGAAGUUUGCAUUUUUAAACAGAGAAAACCAGGAUUACUGAUUAUAAGAGGAAAUCUUUCCUUGCUGACAGCCAUGGACUUCUCCCCUCCUUAAGGUCCUGGCUCUUAGGGAAACAGAAAAAAAACUUUGCAAAAUGAACAGAGUGAAGAGAUCCCAGGCAGGGCCCCAGACCUGAGCUAUCCCCAGCUCUGCUCCAGAUGGUGGGAGGUCGGGGGUCCCAGCCAUGGAGACAGUCGGGACCACGGGGCCUUACAAGCCAUGCCCUGACUCUCCCCAAAACGGCUGCUCUCCCUGAUGUGGUUUCUCUCUCUUCAUGGCAGCAAAAGGCAGCAGCCGAGAGGCAGAAGAUUGUGUCUGCGUUUGAGCAACUGCGCCGGUUUCUGGAGGAACAAGAGCGACUCAUGCUGGCCGAGCUGGGAGAGGCGGAGAGCAGGAUUGAGAAGAGUCAGGGGGAGACUGUCACCCAACUCUCCGAGGAGAUUUCCCAUCUCACCAGCCUGAUCAGGGAGCUGGAGGGGAAGUGCCAGCAGGCCGCCAGUGACCUCCUGCAGGACAUGAGGAGCACACUGAGCAGGUACGUGGCUCCACCUGACUUCCCAUAGAGGGAAGGGUCCUGGAGACAAUGCAAUGGGCACAUCUCUGCAGGGCACCACAGCACAGCAAGCACUGGUUCUGUCCCUGAGGUGGGAAGCAUGAACGUCCCCCUCUUCUCCUCGGGGAAGUGACAGCUUUGGGCACUGGCGGCCUGAAGUCUGUAAGGUGUAAUCUAGGCUUUCCCCCUCUUGUCCCCGGGGAAUAGUCCUGGCCACCAGAGCUUGAGCCAACUACCUGUGAAGUCUCUGCUCCUUUCUGAUCCCAGAAAAUAUCCUGGACAUUUUGGAGCUGGAGA